CUUGCGGCGUUGUCGCCGAGCUGUAUACUCAUUUUUGCAAAUCUUUCAUUCUGUUUCAGCUGAACUUCUGACUUAGGUCUUCAACAUGGUAAAAACAUACAAGCUGUGCAAUCAAAGGGCAACUUCCGAAAAUUUACCUCAAGCUUCAGCCUUCUCAGUAUACAGAUCUGUGACAUCAAUAAAAUCAGAUAAUCUUGUUGACGACGCUGCUUCAUCUAACAUGCAGAUGACUUCUAAAGAAAUCAAGUCCAUUCCUCAGACAUCUUCAGCGUUCAUAAAACAUAUUUCUAACAAAGCUGCUCUACCUUUUCGACGAUCUUCGAGAAAACGAAAAAAGAAAUUGAAAAGAGGAAAUGCAGAGCCACAAACGGAAGAAGAAUGGAAGCGAUCAAACAUGCCAAACGAAGCAUCGAAAAUCAGCCCACUCGUUUCUUCAGAAAGCAUGGAAAAGCCGUCUGUGUUUCCUUUCGGAAGAUUUCGAGCGAGUAUGUAUCUGGAUAAAAAAUUGAACAAGCAGACGACGGGCCCUAGGAUAUAUGAAAAUCAUAAAGCAGGAGUAACAUUUCGUGAAUUUGAAGAAUGCCAAAUACCGAUAAAGCAUCCUCCCAAACGGGUCUACAAAGAUGAUAAAAGUAUAGAACUUUCAACGAGUCAGAGUUUGACUGGAUAUGAAGACAAUGAUACAGAGGAAUCUUCCAACAUUGGAUUGAUGACACCCAAUGAAAAUCUUGAUCCGAACUCCAAUAAUUUAAAAGUCAAAUCCCAUGAACAAAUGGAAUUUUGUGCGAAUAUUUUGAAUGAAAGUACAUCACCAAUUCAGAAGAAAGCUAGAGUGGAUACUGAAGAUGAAGAUCAAAGUAUUGAAACUUAUCAUUGUAGUACAGACAAAUCAUCUUCACGUCGCAGUUCACCAGUACAUGCUGUGAACACUACCAAUGCUACAAUGUCAGUUCAAAAAGCAAAUAGCAAAAUAUUGAAGAUGCCUUUUCCUGCUGGUAACAGUGAAGAAGAUGGAAAAAUGUUAUUUAAGUGGUUGAUUCAUCCAAUGUCAGAUAAACAUUUUAUGAAUACAAUAUGGGAGAAGAAACCAGCUUUGAUUCGGCGACGCAUUCCAACUUAUGUCAGCGGACUUUUUAGCAUGGAAGAAUUUAAUCGAAUCCUUCAUGAAUGCAAUGUGCAAUAUGGUGUCAAUCUUGAUGUUACUUCAUACACAGAUGGAGUCAGGGAAACUCAUAAUUUAGAAGGAAAAGUUUUUCCUGUUGUUGCUUGGGAUAACUAUAAAAAUGGAUGUUCAUUGAGAAUAAAAAAUCCUCAAGCAUUUUCAAAACCUGUUUGGAAAUUAUGUGCUACCCUUCAGGAAUAUUUUAAAAACAUGGUCGGAUCUAAUAUUUAUUUGACACCUUCUGGUACACAAGGAUUUGCUCCACAUUAUGAUGACAUAGAAGCAUUUGUUUUACAAUUAGAAGGAAAGAAACAUUGGCAUUUAUAUAAUCCUAAAUCUGAUGCUGAAACACUACCAAGAUAUUCAAGUGGUAAUUUUACAAAUGAAGAUAUUGGAGAGCAGAUAUUUGAUGCUGUUUUAGAACCUGGAGAUUUGUUAUAUUUUCCUCGAGGUUAUUUACAUCAAGCUCAAGCAGUACCAGAUGCUCAUUCAUUACAUAUUACAAUAUCAACAUAUCAAAGGAAUACAUGGGCUGAUGUUUUAGAAGAUUUGGUGCCAAAAGCUCUUCAGAAAGCCGUUGAAGAAAACAUAGAAUUUCGAAAAGGACUUCCAAGAGAUUACUUAUCUUGCUUUGGACAUCAAAAUAUACAAUCAGCGAAACCAGAACGAAGAAAAGAGAUUUUAUCAAAAUUGUCACAAUUUUUUGCUCAAUUAGCAGAUUAUGCUGAUUGUGAUGAAAAUGCAGAUGAAAGAGCUAAAAGUUUUCUUCAUGACUGUCUACCACCAGCAUUAACUCAAGAUGAACGAUCUCGUACAGUUCUUGCUGCAACAGUUCGAUUAAAAAGUUUAGGUCAGCCGGGUUCGUGCGAGUGUGAUAUUGAUCUUAAUUCAAAAGUACGGGUGAUUAGGAAAAAUGCAGUACGACUUGUUAAAGAUAAAGAAGAGGCGGGAAAAGAUGAUUCAACUUAUUUUGUAUAUCACUCUAUGCAGAAUCCGAGGACCUAUCACACUGAGGAACAAAAGUAUUUUGCAAUCACUGAAGCAUGUGUGCCUGUCAUACAGUUUUUAAUAAAUUCGUAUCCUGAGUAUAAAGCAGUUAACAGUUUUCCACUUCAAACUAAUGAUGAGAAGCUGGAUGUUGCUUGUGGUCUCUUCGAAAAAGGAGUGUUGCUAUUGAAAGAUAAAGUCAAAAUAUUGGAUGAACAUAUAAAUGGAACAGUGGUUUAAUCAAUUCUUGUUCAUCUGCAAUUUUAUUUAGCUUGUGAUUAUGCACUGCUAUUCUGUCCAAUUAGGUGUUUUCUUUUGCUUCGUGAAAGGGCUGCAAUAGUUUUCUGGAAAGUUCAAUAUUGCUUUUUUUACUUUUGUAAAAAUUGGAUUCCUUGAUUUCAAGAUAACAAUGAUUCUGAAUAGUUACAUUAGGAUUGCUGAAAAGAUCACAAAAACAUGGAGAUUCCGUUUCUACUUGUGUAGAAUUUCUAUCAAAUCUCUUUUUUUCAUCUGAAGGUGUAGUUAGCUGUUUUGACCAUCCCAUCAUUUCGCAUUUUAUGACAAUAAUCGUCUUGUUUAAAUUAGUUUGUUACUAAGUAUUUGGAAAGUUAUAUCGGUUAGUUCUUGUUAGCGAUGUGAUCAUGACCAAUUUUCGAGAAAACUGUAUAAAAAUUUUGUUUAUCUUCUAAUGGUGUACAUUUAAUUCAAUGUCGUGAGAUUUUUGGUACAAGAUACUGAUCCUGAAAGCAUGUAUCGUUCACAUGAUACGGGGUAGAGUUUCAUUAAUUUUUACUUUAUUUUUGCUUUAUU